AUGCACACCUUCCUCGCUUCGCCGUCUCUUCGUCUGCUGCUGUCUCCGUCUUCCUCGUCGGUUUCUCGGCGCUGUCUGUCUUUCGUCCCGCGUUCGUUUUUCUCUCUUGCGCGUCCGCUGCCCUUCGCGGCGCGGUCUUCGAGCCCUCUCGUUCGCCCCUUCUCUUCGCGGCUGUUUGUGCGCUGGAUUUUUCCAGUCUCGAAUCCGAAUCCGCCUCUCUUGGAGGCUCCUCCGGAUCUGCCGGUCUUCUCGCGCGUGGCUUUGAAGCGCGUAGGCCGCGCGCCGCUUUCGAAGAACGGGAAAAACGCGGAAGACGCGGCAGCAGAAGGGGGAGCCUCGCGGAAGAGCGAACCGGGGCGAGACGCUCGCGGGGCACCCCGCCGCGCAGCUGCCUCACUCAAAAACAAGUCGAGUCUGGAAGAGUCCUCCGAGGCAGACGACGCGGCGGGUGGCUCGGGGGGUCAAAUUAGCCAUGCAGAGAAGAGAAGAAGUCAGCGCCAGAAGAAAAGCAGGCGCAUCCGCCGGCACAUGAAGCUGCGGCGGAAGCCCCACCACACGAUCGGUGGGAACACGGCGGGCGCCGGUGGCCUCAAAACGCUCUCGCUGUCUGCCCUGGGCGAACGAGAAGUUGCAUUCUGGGCUGAACAAGCGCGCUUCGCCGACGAACGAGCGAAGAAGCAGCGGCCCUUUGCGGCGCGGGGGAAGGCGGAGGGAGCCACCGCCGCAGAGAACGAGGGAGAAGAAGGAAAAAGCGGAUCUGAGAGUCAGGCUGUGGCAGCGGACUCGGCUAGAGAAGCGAGCGCGACGUCUCUGCUUUCCUCUGCAGUCAAGCGGGAAGUCUCCCCUUUCAUACGGGGAGGGGGUGCCCCAAGGGCGACCACGAGACCCGCGUUCUCUGCUCCUUUCUGCGCGGCUUCUUUCCUCACCUCGCGCGUCAGCCGGUUCUCGGCGUCGGCGCUGGGUGCCGCAGCAUCUCUCUCUUCUUUUUGCUCGACUUCGUCUCUCCUCCACGCGUCGCUCUGGGCGCGUCGGUCGUGGCAGUCGCGAGCUCCUUCGGCUCCCUCUGGCGCGUCGUCCUCCCUGUGUUCUGUCUCCUGUCUGUCGUCUCUCUCGUCUGCCCGCGCGGCACAAUCGGCUUCCGCGGCGGCGGCCUCCGCCGGGCCCCUCCCGCAGUCCCCUUCGGGCGCGGCCCCGGCGUCUGCCCCGCGCGGCACCGAUCACCGCCUUUUGGGGCGGGAAAUGGGGCUGUUCGUCGUGCCGCCUGCGAGCGACGUUGGCGCGGUGGGGCCUGUGUUCCUGCCUGAAGGCUGGAAGGUGAUUGAGAAUCUGAAGAACGUCCUGCGCAGGCUUCAGUGCGUCUUCCGCUUCCAAGAGGUCUCAACCCCGUCCCUCGCGCAGAGCGGCUUGUGGCAGCGUAGCGGCCACUGGAGUCGCUACCGCGCGAACAUGUGGAGCAUCGACUCGCCCGCGGAAGCAGAAGAGAGAACUCUAGAAAAAGGAAACGUCGCUGCAGGGGUCCCGGAACUCGGCGACAAGGAGGCGGAGGAGAAAGCAGAAGAGGACAGCCAAGCAGCGGAGAGGGGGGAAGAUCGAGACGCGGCGUUUCGGCUGUCUCUGAAGCCCAUGAGUUGCCCGAUGCAUCUGGACUACGCGCUUCCUUUUUUGCUGGAGUCGCCCUCUCUGCUCUCCGCAGCGUACGCAGCUCCGCGGCCUUCGUCGCCUCCGUCUUCUGCUGAAGAUCUGUCUGCUGUCGCGUCUUCUGGGUCGUCCUCAGCCGCUGCGGAGGCCGACGGCGACUCGCAAGAGAUGCCUCAGUCGUGUGAGAUGUCUCGACACCUGCCAAUGCGCAUUUCGGAGUUCGGACGCGUUUUCCGCCGAGAACGGCGAAGCGCGUUGUGCGGACUCUUCCGCCUGCGAGAAUUCACUCAGGACGACGGGCACAUUCUCUGCACGCGGCGCCAGGCCGUCCCGGAAAUCAAGAACCAGCUUUCGGCGAUUCUGCAUCUGUACAUUGAGAUCUUCGAAAUCCCCCGAGACUUGAUCCAGGUCUCGCUCGGGACGCGGUCUCAAUCUGCACUUUCUUCUGAUCUCGCCGCAAACUGGAACGAAGCCGAGAGUUGGCUGCUCGAGGCCGCGGCAGCCGUGCUGCCUGCGGGCGUGGAGGUCGCGCGAGACGAGGAGGGCGGGGCCUUCUACGGCCCCAAGCUCGACUUCUCCGUACCCGAUGGCCAGGGCCGGCGCUGGCAGACAGGAACGAUCCAGGUGGACCUGCUCCAGCCGCAACGUCUGCAGCGGUUGUUCUCUCGGCGGCACCCCGGCGUGGCCUCGUCUCUCGCGUACCCGCUCGUUUUGAUUCACCGUGCUGCCGCUGGGUCGCUAGAGCGCUUCCUCGCCCUCCUGCUCGAGCUGCGACGAGGAGACUUGCCGCUUUGGCUGGCUCCUGUGAAGGCUGCUGUAGUCGCUACGGGGUCUGCUGGUGUGGAUUCGGCAUGCGAGAACUACGCGCGUCGCGUCGCCCGUCUUCUUCGCAGAGCGAGCGUCUCGGUUUUCGAAUCUGGAGCUCAAGUAGGGGCUGGCGACGACGCUUCAGAUGCAGACGCGGGGGGCGGUGAGUCUCUGGGUUCCGGCGACAUCCUCCUCGACCUAAGGCCCCUCCACCUCAGCACGAAGCUCAAGGAUCUAGUCGCGCGUCGACGCGUCCCGCUGGUGUUCCUGGUCGGGCCUCGCGAAGCCAAGACCGAAAGCGUGACCGUCCUCACCAAGACGUGGCGGCGGUCGCCUGAGGAGGACGGCAAGCGCGACGAUCCGACCCAAGGCAAACUUCUUCCUCUGCAAGAAGCUGUCAAGCGCUUCCGCGACCUGGCGAGAGUUCCCUCCUUUGAGUUUUCUAAAACGCAGUGA